GUUUGAAUAUGAAAAAAAAACCAAAACAUUAGAGGUCUAAUCUAAAGGAUAUACAAUUAUCCAAACCGCACCGCUUUGUUUGUCAUUCUUAUCGAAAACACUAUCAUACAACCGAGCAUGAGAAUCAAAAUUGAAACACAAUUCUCUUCCAAUAAAUUGCUUACGCCAUCAGUUAUGUUUGUUCUUCCAGAUCAUUCUAUAUAUACAUUAUAAACAGAUCAUUCUAAAAGGGCAUACAUUCGCAUUAAACAACUAAGAAGAAUUAGCUGCAAAUUAAUUAAGUGAGAAAAUGGGAGAAGAAGUGAUAAUUAGCAACAAACAAGUCAUUUUGAAACACUUACCCUAAAGAAUCAGACAUGGAAUUGAAGAAUAGCACUAUAAAACUGAAUGUUCCAGAAGGUUCUAAUGUUGUGAUUUUGAAGAAUCUUUAUUUGUCAUGUGACCCUUACAUGAGGGGACGCAUGAAAAAACAAGAGGGUAGUUAUAUUGAUUCGUUCACUCCUGGCUCUGUAAGUGUUUUUAACUAUAACAUAGUUAUAGUAACAAUUAUAUUAUUCUCUGUUUCGCAUAAUUUUUUUUUCAUUUUUGUUAUAAUAGCGAUUUGGAGUAAAAAGUUUUGGAAUCUGGUGAUUUAAAUUUCAAAAAAGGUGACUUAGUUUGGGGAAUGACUGGAUGGGAAGAGUAUAGUAUUGUAACAACUACUCAUCAGAAUUAUCUGUUUAAAAUCAAUGACAAAGAUGUCCCUCUUUCUUAUUAUACUGGAAUCUUAGGGAUGCCUUAUGUUGGUUUUUAUGAAAUUUGCUCUCCUAAGAAGGGAGAAACUGUCUUUGUUUCUGCUGCUUCUGGGGCUGUGGGUCAACUUGUUGGCCAAUUUGCAAAGAUGUUGGGUUGUUAUGUUGUUGGUAGUGCUGGAAGUAAAGAAAAGGUACUUCCCCGAUGGAAUCGACAUUUACUUUGAGAACGUUGGAGGGAAAAUGCUUGACGCAGUUCUUCUGAAUAUGAAACUCCAUGGUCGUAUUCCUGCGUGUGGGAUGAUCUCACAGUACAACCUUGAGCCGACUGAAGGAGUGCACAACUUAUUUUACAUCAUCUCAAAACGAAUCCGCAUUGAAGGAUUUGUCAUUUUCGACUACUUUCAUCUUUAUUCAAAAUAUUUAGAAAUGAUCGUUCCAAAAAUUAAGGCUGGUGACGUUGUGUACGUAGAAGACGUAGUUGAAGGUCUCGAAAAUGCACCUACUGCUCUCUUUUCUGGUCGCAAUAUUGGAAAACAAGUUGUGAUGGUUUCGAGGGAAUGAAUUUACACAAGAUGUCAGUAAAUGUUUAGUUGGUGUACCACUUCUUUUCAAUAAACAUUACUCAAAGGAGAAAUAAAAUUGUAUUGAUCACAAUAUGUUGUAUAUUCAACCUCAAAAGAGAAUGUGGUGUUAUUUAUAGCCCCAAAUCUACAAAAUAUCUUGUAAUAAAAUUCUAACAAACUA